AUGGAUACUUGCAAAAUUGAGCAAUUUCUGAAUGAAAAGUUGGAUUCCACCGAAGGGUGUGAGGAUCAGAAAUACUAUUAUCAUUUCAAGUUAGGGCUGGAUUCAUAUUCCUCUAAUCAACAUGAAGAUGCUUUGGAACACUUUGGGAAAAGCUUAAGUAUAGCACAUGGGUUAGAAGAUCGAACUCUACUAGAGUUUUUUGCAUAUUAUGGAAUGGGAUACUCUUACGCAUUGCCUAGGCGCUAUGGGCAAACCAUCGAUUGCUUUUAUAAAUGUUUGGACCUUUCGAAACUUUUGGAAAGCAGUAGUCGUGGUGGAAGAUGUUUUGCUGCUUUUGCGUAUAUUGCAUUAGGUGAUGGCGAAUUGUUUCUUGGGCGUUCCAAAACGGCAUUAAAGUUUUAUAAAGAUGGAUUAGAUCUUGCUGCGCAAAUGCAUGAUAAAGAACGCGAGUUGAUUGGAUAUCUAAAGUUAGGAGAUGUAUACAAGAUUGUUUCGCAAUAUGCCGAAGCGUUGGAGCAUUAUAAAAAAUGUUUGGAAAAAUCUGAAGAAAAACCCAACAAUCCGAUUGUUUUACAAACACGUUUGCAAGCCUUACAGGGCUUGGCUGAUGUGUACAAGGUGACAGGGCAGUACAACAAAGGACUCAAACAUUAUGAGGAAUGUUUGGAAAUUUUGUCGUCAUUAAAGGACGACGAAGAUAAAUUGAAGCUUCAAGAAUCAUUAAUCUACGCAGCGAAGGGAUAUUUAUUGUGGCAUGUUGGCCAGUCUACUAGAGCAUUCGAAUGUUAUGAUAAGUGUUUAAAAUUGGGUUUGGCACUACAUAAUAGAUCUAUCGAAUUUCAUGCAUAUCUAGGUUUAGGGUACCUUUUCUUCUUGACUGGAAAGUGUUUUGAAGCAGUCACGAGUUUCGAGAAAUGUCUCGAAAUUGCGUUGGGAAUGAGCGAUAAACAUCUCGAGGCAACUUCAAAAAUAGGACUUGGAGAUGUAUACAUGUUAACUGGAGAUAAUUCGAAAGCAAUAGAAUAUUAUGAACAAUCGUUGGAGAUUGCAGACGAAUCAGAAUUGCGCGACACCAAAACACCAGCCCAUUUGGGAUUAGGAAAUGCAUGCACCGUGGCUGGUAAAUAUUGCGAAGGAUUACAGCAUUUGGAGAAAUGUUUGAAGCUUUCUGCAGAAGUUGGAGAUCGGUAUCAUGAGUGCCAAGCGUAUCUUGGGUUGGGAGAUGUUGAUAUUUUUGAAGGAAAGUACGAGGCGGCGGUAGCAAACUUUGAAAAAGGGUUGGAUAUUGCCGUUCAAAUUACCGAACGAAAUUGCGAGUCUAGGGCAAGGAGAAGUUUAGCUGACGCGCACGUGUUAAUUUCACCGGACGAAGACGUAGCAGAGCAGUACCAGACAGCUUUGAAUAUUGCUGAAGAAAUUGGCAAUGCAUACGAGAAAUCGCGCUCUCAUCUUGGAUUAGGAAAAUUACAUAAAUCAAUUGGAAAGUAUAAAGAAGCAUUGGAACACUAUGAAAAAGGAUUUUCGUUUGCUGCGGGAAUGAGUGGUAGAAAUUUACAGAAUCCUGCAGACCAUAUGGGCGCAGACCAAGUUGGCAUUAAUGAAAAUUUCUCAAUCUAUUACAUGAAGGGACUGCCAUUUGCGCAUCUGUUAGGAAACAGAUUUGGAGCGUUAGCAGGGUAUUGGGAAUUAGGAGAUUUAUACAAUAAAUUGAAAAAGUAUCAAAAAGCGUUGGAGCUUUUUGAAAGGUAUCUUGCAAUUUCCGAAGAGACCACUGAUUUGAAUGAGCAAGAAAGAGCAUGUGAGCGUUUGGUAGACAUAUACAAACAACAACGUCGAUACUACAUGGUGAAGCAAUUCCAACAGAAACUACAGGUGAUUGCUAAAGAACGAGAAAAAGCUAACUGUGGUAUGUAUGCAAUGCGGAAUUUUGCGUGUGACUUUAUCAAUUCACUCAACUGCGUCGCAUUAGACUUCUCAAAAUUUGCUUCAUUUUCGUUUAUGGAUGUUGGUAGCAUAAUAGUUUUUGCGUAUACUCUUUACCUCUUCAUUUGGAGUUUUAAUCCUUUUAAUGUAAUUCUCUGAUCGAUCAUAAUUUCGGUCGCAUGCGAGAAGAGUUCUUCCACCAAAACCCCAGGGUUUCCUCAGGGCGUUCUUCCUCCUGCUGCGAAACUAAACACUAGUAACCAGCAAGAGAUAAAUUUGUUAGAUUUCUAGCCCUCACGAAAUUGAAUAGUUUAGAACCAUCAGAAUAUGCCAGCCCAAAUUAGACUGUCCUUAAUCUUAACGAGGGGAAGUGGUUAGAUGUAGUCAGCAAAGUAUUAGUGGAUUUUGGGCAUUCGCCCGCUUCGGUCUUCCCAUUAGCUGUAUUUCCCAUUAGCUGCAUGUAUCCCGCUCCGCGUUGUAUUUCGAAUCAACGGAAGUUAAGCUUACUGAUCCAUUCCCUGACCUAGCGGGAUGAAGUCGUUCGUCUACAACAUUAACGUCAAUUGAUUAUUUAUGAACAUUUUGUCCGACGAAUAAGUUGUUUUUGAAAAAUCGUCUUAAAAGCUCGUUGACAAUCUCGUUUCACGCUACAAGACUUGUUUGACCUAAGCGCUCUGUUUGUCUUCAAGUAGAAAAACGCUAUUAAAAUGGCAAUGAUGUGUACAAAUGCAGGAUUGUACUUGCAGUGCACGUUUGCGCGCUUUAUAUGGCACUAUCUGUACUAAUUGAACCAUCCAUACUACUUUUUAGAAAGCCCAGAAUUGUGGAAAUGGAAAGAGUGUUCAAAAAUUCAUCGAGACAAGUUCGAAAAGUUGCUCAAAUAUGGACAAGAACAUUCGGAUGAGGUCAAGGACGUCAGUGGAGUACGCGUUUGUUGCUCGAAGGAAUUUCUUAUCGGUAAAGGAGGUGAAGGCACUCGAGUUUAUGUAGGAUUAGGGAAAGAUGGGUACGAGAAGGCGGUAAAACGUUUGCCAAGGGAUGCUUGCGCUUGUUUAGCUGAACAAGAAAAGCAAGCUUUGAACGAACUUAACACAACCCAGUCAAACUAUGUGGUAAAUUAUUGGUUUUUAGACGAUAAAUGCGAUAAGGAAUACUUAUUUUUGAUCUUGGAUUUAUGCGAGGAAACGUUGGAAGAAUUUGUUCGCGAUAGCAGUUUGGACGAUCUGAUAACAAUCGCACCAGAUAUCAUUCAGCAAGUUUUGAAAGGAUUGGCUGAUCUCCAUCGCGAUCCGAAGCCCAUUUUACAUCGUGACCUGAAACCAUCCAACAUCUUGCGAAAUGUCCAUGGUAAAUGGUUGCUGGCAGAUUUUGGAAUCAGUCGAAUCUUGACGGGGGGUGCAAGUACCCAUCUAAGCGAGCAGAGGGGAUCAAGACAUUGGAGAGCUGUUGAAUCAUAUCCUUCGGAUGCCAUGACUGCUGAUGGCAAAGUGCGUUAUAAGAAAGAAUCCGAUAUUCAGGUAGGUCUUUGUUCGGAUAAGAAAUUUAACUUCAACCAAAUUCAAUCAUGGCCGGAUUUUGAGGGGAGGUGUGGGGAGGUGCGCACCUCCCUUGAGAUGGUUUUGCACCCCCCGCCCCCCAUGAGAAUUUUUGGACCUUCCCUGAAAAGUCAUGCACCUCCCCUUGGGAAAAUUUCAUAGAUAGAUCAAAGUGAAAAUUUGGCAUUUUUUUGUUGCUUAUUACGGUCCACACUUCGUAAAAACGUUUUUCUGUAAAAUCGAAACCGUGAUAGCCAUUCAUCUGUGUGUCAAGUACUUUUUUGAUGCAAUGUUUUGAAAGAAACUUUGUAGUAAUUUUAGUGGAGGGCAAAAUUGGAUGAGUUGUACAGUCAGAAUUAAUUAAUACACUGAUACAUAUGUAAAUGUACACUACAUGCAUACGUCACGUCGUUGACUUUCGCCCGUUCUAAGCGCUAAAUUUCUAUGGGGGUCGUGAGCUAGACUGCUGCACCUCCCCUAAAUAUAUUUCCACCUCUCCCAUUAAAUCCGGCCUAAAUUUAAUGGUAACGUUUUCGACACGCGGAAAUCUAGUCCAGUCCGAAUAGUCGGAUUUGAAAUAUUUCAUAACAUCCUGUUAGAGGCUCAGAUUCAACUAAUUAAUCCCCUUUAUUUCACUCAGGUGGCUGGAAUGGUGGCAUUCUACAUUGUAACUGAAGGUAAACAUCCCUUUGGAGAAGAACCAGACCGACUUCGCAACUUACUUGAUGGUAACCCAGUUGGCUUAGAUACGCUGAAGGAUCCUGUCUUAAAAGAUUUGUUAUCCUGGAUGCUGAGUCACGAUCCCAAAGAUAGACCGUUGGCUGAUGAGGCGCUAAAACACCCUUAUCUUCAGCCAGCGGAACAGCUGUUUGAAAUGUUGUGCAAAAUGGGAAACCAGCAUGAAGUAAAGUCAGCGGAUGUCAAUUCAGAUAUCGUGCGAAAGUUGAAUAGCGAUCCCAAAGAUUGGAGAUCUCUGAUGAGUGCCGAUGUUCUAAAGUACUUUUGCACGGAUUAUAUGAACGGAAAACCAAAAACAUUUCAUUAUGGGUCGCCAUGGACCGAGUGUUUACGAUUUAUACGGAAUGUUAACCAACACUGGUAUGACCGAAAACGUCCUAUGCCGCAACCCGAAGCAUUUUAUGUAGUGGGCAAUCCGCGAGAGUACUUCCUUAGCCUGUUUCCCAAUCUUCCUGUUGAGGUACACAGGAUUGUUAGGUCGUCCGACUGGAAAGAACGACCGGAGCUUAAGAAGUACUUCAUCUGCAGUGCGCGUGAUUCACACGUGUGA